CUUUGAGUCACCGCAAACUUUCAUUGACGGCAUUGUUGUCACUUUCUUUCAGUCUCUAGAAACAAAAGAUACCCCCUCUCCAUUUACGCACACCCCAAAAAAGAAAACGCAACAAUGUCAUCCUCCGCCGACCUCCCCGAGACGCGCGAGACCCUCGAGGCCAUCGCCGCCGCCGACCAGUCCCAGACCAUCGCCGAGCUACGCAAGACGCUCACCUCCGAGACGACCCCUCUCCCCAUCCGCUUCCGCGCCCUCUUCUCCCUCAAGCACGUCGCCUGCAACAGCAAGGGCCCUGACAGCGAGGCCGCCAUCGAGGCCAUCGCCGCCGGCUUCGCCUCCCCCUCGGCCCUGCUCAAGCACGAGCUCGCCUACUGCCUCGGCCAGACGGCCAACCUCGUUGCCGUCCCCUACCUGCGCAAUGUCCUGACCGACCUCCAGGAGGACCCCAUGUGCCGCCACGAGGCCGCCGAGGCCCUUGGUGCCCUGGGUGACGCUAGCCAGCUGGACAUCCUGAGGGAGUACAGGGAUCGCGAGGGCGAGGACAUCUGCAUUGUUGAGACGUGCGAGAUUGCCAUCGACCGUCUCGAGUGGGAGAACUCUGAGCAGAGAAAGCUGGAGAAGUUGCGCAAGAGCGACUUCACGUCCGUCGACCCCGCGCCUCCCAUGGAAGAGUCGCAGCGCACCGUGCCAGAGCUCGAAAAGACUCUCAUGGAUUCGAGCCUGCCCCUUUUCCUGCGCUACCGCGCCAUGUUCGCCCUGCGCGACCUCGCGUCGCCGCCCGACCUGCCGACCGCCGUCCCCGCGGUGCUGGCCCUCGCCAAGGGCCUCGCCGACUCCUCCGCCCUGUUCCGCCACGAGAUCGCCUUCGUCUUCGGCCAGCUGUCGCACCCGGCCUCCAUCCCCGCGCUGACCGAGGCGCUCAGCAACACCGAGGAGGCCAGCAUGGUGCGGCACGAGGCCGCCGAGGCGCUGGGCAGCCUGGGCGACGAGGAGGGCGUCGAGGCGACGCUCCUCAAGUUCCUGCACGACAAGGAGAAGGUUGUGCGCGAGAGCGUCAUCGUGGCGCUGGACAUGGCCGAGUUCGAGUCAAGCGGCCAGACGGAGUACGCGUUGAUUCCCGAGGCGGCCAAGGCGGCUGCUUGAACACGAAGUGGUCUUUUUGGUUUUGGGAAAGUUGGGUCGGGCAGGUAAAUAUUCGGGUGGUAUUAGGUACUUAAAAGCGACGGGCAAAAAGUUUAGUGCAUUUCAGUUGUUAUGAGACCAUCUGGAAGACAAGUCGGUUAGUAUAAAGUUGGGAAAUAAUGCUAGCUCGGUCGGAAUAAAAAGAGGC